GCCCCCCGCCGAUGAGCCGCCGAGGAGCGCGGGCGGACGAUGGAACUCCACAUUCUGGAGCACCGGCUGCAAGUUGCCAGCGUCGCCAAGGAGAGUAUCCCGCUCUUCACCUACGGCCUGAUCAAACUUGCCUUCCUGUCCUCCAAGACCAGGUGCAAGUUCUUCAGUCUGACUGAGACCCCGGAGGAUUAUACCAUCAUUGUUGAUGAGGAGGGAUUCCUAGAGCUGCCCUCCUCUGAGCACCUGAGCGUGGCGGAUGCCACCUGGCUGGCCCUGAAUGUGGUGUCCGGCGGCGGCAGCUUCUCCAGCUCCCAGCCCAUUGGUGUGACCAAGAUCGCCAAGUCCGUCAUUGCCCCACUGGCUGACCAGAACAUCUCGGUGUUCAUGCUAUCCACGUACCAGACGGACUUCAUCCUGGUGCGUGAGAGAGACCUGCCCUUUGUCACCCACACCUUGUCAUCAGAGUUCACCAUCUUACGGGUUGUCAAUGGCGAGACUGUGGCAGCUGAGAACCUCGGCAUCACCAAUGGCUUCGUGAAGCCCAAGAUGGUCCAGAGGCCGGUCAUCCACCCUCUGUCCAGCCCAAGCAACAGGUUCUGUGUCACCAGCCUGGACCCUGACACGCUGCCCGCUGUUGCUACACUUCUCAUGGACGUCAUGUUCUACUCCAACGGAGUGAAGGACCCCAUGGCUGCCGGCGAUGACUGUGGCCACAUCCGCUUCUUCUCCUUCUCCCUUAUUGAAGGCUACAUCUCCUUGGUGAUGGACGUUCAGACCCAGCAGAGGUUUCCUAGUAACUUACUGUUCACAAGUGCAUCUGGAGAGCUCUGGAAGAUGGUGCGGAUUGGAGGACAGCCCCUGGGAUUUGAUGAGUGUGGCAUCGUGGCCCAGAUCUCUGAGCCCUUGGCUGCUGCAGACAUCCCCGCCUACUACAUUAGUACUUUCAAGUUCGACCACGCACUGGUACCAGAAGAGAACAUCGGUGGUGUCAUCAGUGCCCUGAAGGUCGGUCAGGCAGAGGAACACUAGAGAGUUGCCCCUGCUGCUGCCAGGCCUGGGCCCGGCCCCCACCCUGAAGCUUGUUCUUGCAGUAUUUCUCCACAGACUGGAAAAUUGGCCUGAGGACCCCCAAGGAAGAGGCCUCUGGGAGACCCCUGAUUGCCAACCCCUCCAGGCCUGGGGCCCAAGCCAAGGCCUCCCCAUGCCCUCCUGCCUUCCCAGAGCCCCCAGAUCCUUCAGACCCUCCAGAGAAGGACCCACCUCCUCCCCGCCCCCCCCCAACCACACCCCAGAAGAUGAUUUCUGAGGCCCAGGGACCAUGUGAGCUGAUCCAUCUUCUCAUCCGUCCUCGCCUACGGCCGGGGCAGAUGCCAAAGGAAGCUGGUCCCUCCUAUGAGAUACUGACAUGCUGUUCCUCCAGGGGGCUAGCAGACCGGGGCUGAGUUUGUGGAGCCCCUGAAGGCCCAUAUGAGGGUGGAGGCCAAGUGCUGUGGCCGCUGGUCUCUGGUCCCAUCAGCUCAGGGCUGGUUCCCUCAGAGUGAAGGCCAGUAAGUAGGUCAUAGUGGCUGGAGAGGCCCAAACAGGAACACAGGUGGGGCCCCGCGCUGGGAAGGACCUGAGCCACUUUGCACCUUGCCUGCCAACCACAGGGCUUGUGCCCGAUGCCCAGCACGACUGCCAAGAGGGGCCCUGUCCAAAUCUCCCCCUGAUGAGUGCUCACUCCUUGGGGGAGGAGGGGCCCUAGGAGACCCACCAGCCUGGAGCACCGGCUCCUUUCCCUUCUGCUUUCCCUGGACCCUGCCUGGACAGGCUCAGCCUCAGUUUUCCCCAGCAGGGGCAUCGCCAGUACUCUGGGCCUAGGGGCUCUUAGGGAUUUUCCCUCCUCCCCAACAAUUGACUAGACCAGCAUAGGCCUCCUCGCCAUCCUUCCCCUCCCCUGCCCCCCACUCACCUGCCUGCCCGCCCACCCCUUGGCUGGGGCUGUGGCAUUCAUGAGUACUUGACCUGGGAGGCAGCUUAACUGAGCCUUAAUAGAGAAAAUCGUACCUUG